AUGGUGCAGUGUGCGACCACACACCAAGACUCUAUACUCAACGACUCUAUCAAGGCAUUCUGGCAAUUGGAAAACAUUAAUUAUCCGCUGCUCAAUUUAACGAAAGAUGAGAGGCAGAGUGAAAUCCAUUUCACAGAAAACUUUACACGCUUGCCGUGUGGUCGUUAUCAAGUUCGACUGCCUUUCAAGAUGAGUCCAAGCGCACUAGGACAGUCGUAUGAUUUAGCGCUUAGAAGAUUUCGCUCCCUUGAGCUAAGGUUUCGAAAAGAUACGACACUUCACUUACAAUAUAAGGAGUUUGUGAAUGAAUUUAUAUUUCUAUCUUAUAUGGAGCCGAUAUCAGAUGUAGACCUUAGCGUUCCCCAUUAUUUCAUUCCACACCAUCAUGUUUUAAAGCCAUCAAGCUCAACGACGAAAUUACGCGUGGUAUUCGACGCAUCGUCUAAAACCAGUUCAGGUGUAUCUCUCAAUGAAUUACUAUUGGUCGGCCCUGCAAUACAGACCGACCUACUCUCUACAGUCUUGCGAUUUCGUUACUAUACGUAUGUUUUUACAGCGGAUUUCUCGAAGAUGUACCGCCAGGUAUCAUUACAUCCUAAUGACAGACGUUUUCACUAUAUUCCAUGGCGCUCCGACGAAAGAGAUCCAAUAGCCAUUUAUUAA